UUUAUUCAAAAAAACGUUCUAAAUGUUACAAACUUUUAUGCAAGUAUUUUACUCUACCAUCAUCAAGAACUGUAAAACGAGUAGAGAGUAGGAGAGAGUACGAGGAGUGACUCAUAUUCACUGUUCAUGGCAUCCUUCCAUUCUUUUGCAUUUGGACCCAAAAGAGCUUUUUCUACAGAAUCGGGCUCAUUGGCAAAUAAGGCUAGAAACUUUCACAUAAAAAAAGAGAGAGUGGACGGGGAACAGCAUUAUUCACCGCAGGUUUACUGAACUAUCAGGAUGUGGUCUGUGAGGGAUCUCGCUGUCGCAGCUCUAGUUGUAAUUGUCGUGGGAGGGGCUGUAGCCCUAGCCUUCCCCCUGUAUAAACCGGUCGCCCGUGACAACAUCGAGUUUGGUCCUUCGGGCCCGGUCGCCGCGCGGGACGGGACGCACUUCUGGAAACAUUUAAUGUACCCCAAGUUUGAUAUGCAGAAGCCCACCGAUGAUAGCAAGUCAAGUUACAACUUCCACAAUAACGAUGUGUACAAACAGCCGAUAUCUUUAAUCCCGGCGGGCACACCUCCCCCUGCAUACGAAAAUAAUGUAAACAAGAAUGACCAGCGCCCCACCAAGACACAACAGGUGCUGCUUCAACACAUGAAAAAUGCAGACUAUGUAUACAAUACGUUCAAUGAAAAGAGUUUUCGUGUUGGAGUGACUGAUGAUCAACAGAAAAACAUAUCAGAUGAAAAACACAUAAGUUUUAUCAUCAAGAAUAUAAUAAUAAUAAUUAUUAUAAUUAUUAUACUAGUGUUACACAUGAUCCUUGCUUUUCACUUAUGGAAGAAAAUGAAACAUACAAAUAUUUAGGCAUGCAGGAAGGUAAGACAAGAAAUCAUACACAAAUAAAGGCAGCUCUAACUAAACAAUAUUUAAAUCCCUUUAUCCCUUCUACCACACAUCAUGCAAGCAAUCAGUUGUGUGCCUGGUAUUGUUAACUGUGUGUGUAUGUGUUUUUUUUUUCUUUUAUACUUUUUUGUUGUAUUUAUGUGUAUGUAGAGAAAUAAAUGGUUUUAAAAAUAGACUAAAUGAAAUAUGCAA